CACCUUCUUCUUCUUCAACACUUCUCCACUUGAGACCCUUCAUUCUGAGCUUCCACUUUAGCUUCUUCAAUGGCUAAACCUAAGCUUCAUCAUCAGUUCUUGGUCUUGUUCUUCACUGUUUUUCUAUGUUUCUCCAAUGGCAAAUCUUUUCAGCUUGGCUUAGAUCAAGAGGAUGAUGGGUUGUCCUGGAUCAAUGAGGAGGAUAGUGAAGUAGACAUGGCUCAAACCAGGCAUGAUUCUUCAAGUAGCUGUGACUUCACUUAUGGGAAAUGGGUUUAUGAUCAGUCAUAUCCUCUCUAUGAUUCUACUUGCCCUUAUCUUAGUACAGCUGUCACUUGCCAAAAAAAUGGAAGGCCUGACUCUGACUAUGAGAAGUGGAGAUGGAAGCCCCAUGGCUGCUCUAUUCCAAGGUUUGAUGCGUUGAAAUUUCUUGGAAGAAUGAGAAGGAAAAGAAUAAUGUUAGUAGGUGAUUCUAUUAUGAGGAACCAAUGGGAAUCUCUUGUUUGCUUAGUACAAGGAGUGAUUCCAAAUGGGCAUAAGAUGGUUAGCUAUAAUGGUCCUUCAAUGGCAUUCCAUGCUUUGGAUUUUGAGACAACAAUUGAGUUCACUUGGGCUCCACUACUCGUAGAAUUGAAUAAAGGGCCUGGUAACAAGAGAAUCCUGCAUUUGGAUAUGAUUGAAGAGAAUGCAAGAUAUUGGAGGAAUGUUGAUAUCCUUGUGUUUGAUUCAGCUCACUGGUGGACUCAUUCUGAUCAAUGGAGUUCGUGGGAUUACUACAUGGAGGGACAGUCUCUCAUCAAAAGUAUGAAUCCAAUGAUUGCUUAUGAGAAGGGACUCACUACAUGGGCAAAAUGGAUUGAUUUAAAUCUUGAUCCUCGCACAACCAAAGUCAUUUUUCGAAGCAUGUCUCCUAGGCAUAACAGGGAAAAUGGUUGGAAAUGCUAUAAACAAAGGGAGCCUCUAGCAUUUUUCAGUCACCAGCAUGUUCCUGAACAAUUGGUGGUAUUGAAAGAAGUGCUGAGAAAGAUGAGUUUUCCAGUAUAUUUACAGGAUAUCACAACAAUAUCUGCUCUGCGUAGAGAUGGGCAUCCUUCUGUGUAUAGAAGGGUAAUAAGCCAAGAAGAAAGGCAACACCCAACAGGCUUUUCUUCAGACUGUAGCCAUUGGUGCCUCCCUGGGGUACCUGAUAUCUGGAAUGAGAUGUUAAGUGCGAUUCUCUAGUUGGAAAAUAUAGGCAUGAGUGUGUAGGAUGAAAUGACUCUUCUGCUAAAAUGUAGACUUUGUUCAAUUUGUCAUCUUGGAGUCUAGUCUGUGAUGACUAAUAAUUAAUGGUUUGUGUUUCAGGUUUUGUAUUAUAAUGAGAAAUGGAUGAUAUGAUGGUGUCUUUGCUGGCAUGUUCCUCUAUAAUAUCUACCCAAAUAAUCACUUGGGUUCUUGCUCUA